GCAUUGUUAGUCUCGACUAUGGGUCUGUACCGGAAAUCAGCUGUUCCUUCACUUUCGCUUUACAGGAUAAGAAUCCCCCUCGUCGGCCAUGAAAGUCGAGGUUUCUUUUAAAAUUUUUUGCAGUCUUAGCUUAUCCGAAACGGGUUUUCUGCGUCUACACACCACGUAGUCUCCUUCCGUCUCUGGGUAUUUCCCCAAAGGCGUCGUCACUUGUAGAUUGCCGUUUCCAUUGAAGCCAUUUUACAAAGCUAUAAGUCGUCGUGAAGUCACUUCUAUCAACAAAACAACAUGUCUCCGUUUGAAGAAUAUGACCAUAGGAUCAACGCUAUCGCGGAGGAUCUGACAACUGGGGACCGUACAAAGGCAAUUUACCUUUGUGGGAGCUUGGUUACGGACAGCAGCGUGACUUGCGUUAGGGAGACUUUAAGAGUCAAAGUAAACUUUCACCCAGACCCUCCCCUGUUUCUAAUGUCCAUCCUCAGGCAGCUAGGACGUUACGACAUUCUAAAAAGAGUCUACAAAGUGGAUAGAAACGAGAUAGAAAAGAAGGUUCAGACAUAUAAACAAGUUCUCCCAAGAUUCAGAGUACUGAUGGUUACUAUAAGUGACAAUCUCCAAAUGGAGGAUGUGGAGCAAAUCAAAUUUUUAUUAGGCAGGACUUUAUCCCUUGAAAAAAAAGAAAAUGUCAAGACCUUCUUGGAAGUGAUGAUUGAACUGGAGAAGCUGGAUUUAGUGUCACCCGAAACAGUAGAGCUUGUCGAGGACUGUUUGCGAAAUAUUGGCAGGCUUGAUCUGGCCAGAACAGUGGCUGCUUACAAGAUGUCAGGUGCAACAUCUGAACACUCUUUGCCUCCACAACACAGUGGUCAAGCUGCUAGACAACCUGACCAGUACAACUUAAGGGCCGAUCAGAGAGGAGUUUGUGUUAUUAUUGACUGCGUAGGUAAUGAUGGAGGAAUGUUAGAAAACACGUUUAAGGCUCUCCACUUCAACGUUCUCUACCACACCAUGCUGGGUGCUGAUGAGAUUUUUGAAACUCUUAAAGAAGUCUCCAAACACAGACAGAGCCUCAACGAGGAUGCUUUUGUCUGCUGCAUCAUUAGCCGCAGCUUCGAUGACAAUAUCCUGGGCACAGACUCGCAUGGUAGAGGUCUUUCUGCCAAAAACAUCAGAGAUCUCUUCUUAGGUGACAGUUGUCCUGUGAUGGUCGGCAAGCCGAAACUUUUCUUCAUCCAGAGCUACGUGGUUCCCGAGUCUGAGCAUCUGGACCAAGACGGCUGCGACGGCUUAGCCAUGAGAGAAACCCCCCCCACAGAAGCAGACGUACUCUGGAGUCACUGCUGGACAGAUGAAAGCCAGCUGCUACAAGAGCAGCAUCACUCUGUUUACCUAAAAGCACUGACUGAUGCCUUAAGCAAAGCCAAGAGGAGGAAAACUGAUCUGCUUGAUGUUCAAAUGAAGGUGAAUGGAGCCAUUCAUGACCAUAACCAAAAACAUCCUGAAGCAAAUUACCGUUGUGAUGUAAAACACACUCUGAGAAAAAAUCUUUAUCUAGAAUAGAAAAGUGACAGAAACAUUAUGACUUUUACUAACCACCUAAAACUGUGGCGCUGGACUCACUACAUGCCUCAUGAAGAACAUGUUUUCUGUGUGUAUACUGACCUCUAGUGGUUAAAAUGAAAGAAGACACCAUAGAGGCGUAAUAAUGGAUUUAUUAAACGUCUAUUUAUUUCAGUAAUUUAAUUCAAAAAGUUAAAAAUCA